GUACAUCAGCAUCUUACCUGUCAUUCCUGUCACCAUUCACUUGAGGCCCCAGGAGGCCAUCGACACGCGCCACCCUCAGGAUACCAGACACCCUCCACUUUCCAUCCCUAAAGUCUCUGCAGACUUACAGACGGACCUCACCCUCUACAAGGUGGCAGCUCUGGGCCUGGCUGCUGGCGUCCUGCUGGUCCUCCUGCUCUUCUGUCUCUACCGGGUUCUGUGCCCUCGUAACUACGGCCAGAACGGCGUGGCUCACGGGCGCCGGCGGCGAGGCGACCUGCCCUGCGACGAAUACGGUUACUCCCCACCUGUCAGUGAGAUCUCACCGCUGCUGCUGCGAGGCCACAGCAUGGACAUAGAGUGUUUGGCCAGUGAUGGGAUGCUGCUGGCCAGCUGUUGUCUGGCUGGACAGAUUCGUGUUUGGGACGCUCAGACUGGUGACUGUCUGACCGUCAUUCCAAAGCAAGGGUUGAGACGAAGCAGCAGCAGUGGCUGCUGGGACCAGCGAGACGUCUGGGACAAUAUAAGCGGAACCACAGAGUCAGACUGUGCGUGUGAACCUCGAGACCCCUCCAUCGGCUGCGACGGGGUACCAGAGGACAAGUGUUACCCCCUGAGACGCCGCAGUUCGCCCACCCGCCCGCCUCUGUUCACCGACCAGCCUGAUCUGACUCCUCUCAUCGACACCAACUUCACCUCCCAGCCGCCCUGCAGCCCCCCCACACCACCCAGAGGAGGCUUUGACUUUGGAGGACUGGUGAAGCGGGCCUACAUGGAGCACGAGCCGCCAUCACCUUCCACCUACCCCUCUCCGUCCUCGGCCUCCUCCUCGCCUCCUACAGGAGGUCAGGUCCAGAGGAGUCUAUGCUUAGGGGAGUCAGCUGGGCUGUCGAACCCAGAGAAAGACUCUGGAGCCGGGGCAUCUUCGCCAGCAGCGUCUGGAGACUGGGAGAGCUCCGUCUGGGCCAUGGAGCUGAGAGGAAACCUGAUUGCUGCUGGGAGGAGCAGUGGCAAACUGGAGCUGUGGGAUGCAGUUGAAGGCUCGCUGCGGUGCAGUAAUGAAGACGGUGUUUCUGGGAUCACAGCUCUGGCGUUUCUCAACAACAGGAUUGUGGCGGCCCGGCUGAACGGGUCUUUAGAUUUCUUUACUGUUGAGAUUAACAAACCUUUAGGUCUCCUGCAGUACAGAGGGGCCCCUGGGCGAGGCAGCAUGCCCCCAUCUCCCUGUUACAGCAGUGAAGACCUGAUCAGCUGCCAGCUGACGCGCUCCGUGCAGUGCGCUCACCAGAAACCCAUCACGGUGCUGCGAGCGGCCGCCGGCAGGGUCGUCACCGGCAGCCAGGACCACACAGUCCGGGUUUACCGCCUGGAGGACUCGUGCUGCCUCUUCACACUGCAGGGUCACUCUGGAGGGAUCACAGCCAUCUAUAUUGAUCAGACGAUGGUUCUGGCGAGCGGCGGGCAGGACGGAGCCAUAUGUUUGUGGGACGUCCUGACAGGAAGUCGCGUCAGCCACGUCUACGGCCACCGCGGUGACGUCACCUCGCUGGUCUGCACCAUCUCUUGCGUCAUCAGCUCAGGACUGGAUGACAUCAUCUGCAUUUGGGACCGCAGCACUGGGAUCAAACUGUACUCAAUCCAGCAGGAGGUGGGUUGUGGGGCCAGUCUGGGCGUGAUCUCCGAGUCCCUGCUGGUGACGGGGGGCCAGGGCUGCGUCUCCUUCUGGGACCUGAACUUCGGCGACCUGCUGCAGACGGUCUACCUGAGCCCGAGCGGCGACGGUCAGGGCGUCCGGCAGCUGCUGGUGCUCGACAACGCCGCCAUCGUCUGCGACUUCGGCAGCGAGCUCAGCCUGGUAUACGUGCCUUCGGUGCUGGAGAAACUGGACUGAGGGAAGGGGUCAGCAGCUGAAACUGGUGGGAACAUUUUAAAACAUCCACAAAUUAAUUUUUUGGGGUUUUUUUUUAGCACUGUGUUUUAAAUAUAGAAGUUGAGGAAGAAAAGCUGGAUGCUUUUCUCUUAUCAAUUCCCUUUUUUAUGUAUAAAUAUAAGCUUGUUUUUUUUUUUUUUUUUUUUUUUMUUUUMUCUUUUUGUGGCUCUGCCCUUUAUGCUGCUGACAUGGGUGGGGCUUCACUGUGACCCCCACCCUCUACAAGAGGAAACUUAAUGAUUCCCUCUAGGUUUUUUUUAUAUUCCUGCUGUGCUGUUGACUCGAUGAAGUGCAGCCAUGAUGACCCUGACGGCUCUAAGGCCUGUUGGGAUUAACGGAGCAGUUGUAUGAAUGAAUGAAUGAUUAAUUUGGACUCUUAAAGGCAAAAAAAACUGCCAGGAGCAAAAAUCAGUUUGUGAACUGUAUGUGUGAGGGAGAACUGCUGAUUACUGUAUAAAGUAAACCUCCAGUGGGGGAUGUUUUUAUAUGUAAAAAUCUACUAUUUAUUAGUGAAACCGUUUGAGUAACAGUUGGUUUUUG